AAUUUAAUUAAAAAUACUUUUAUUUAAUAAACUUAUAAAUAGUUAUAAUUAUUUUUUUUAUAUUUUUUUAUAAAAAUAUUUCUUUAAUUUUAAAUUUAAAUAUUUAAAAUUAAUUUUUUUUUAAAAAAUGUACCAAAUUUUUAAAAAAAAUUUGUUUGUUAUUUUAUUGUUUAUAACAUUAAUUUUCCAUAUUUUUUUAUUAUAUAAAUAUUCAAAUAUUACAAUCAACUCAAAUAUAGAUAAUCAAGAAGAUAAAAUCAAAGAGCAACAAGAGCAUUUUAUACAACAUCAUUUAAAACAUGACAUUCAACAAAAACCUCAUAAAUCACAACAUAAUUUAAUAUAUUCAAACGAAGGAAAUAUUAAUGAUAAUUUAAAAAAAAGAAAAUUCUUAAAUAAAAAUAAGAAUCAAAAAGAAAAACUUCAGAUUCACAAUAAUAAUAACUAUAAUAACAUUAAUCAAUUAUUAAUAGAUAAUUUAAAUAAUAAAAAUAAAAAUAAUAAACAAAAAGAAGAAAAAAUUAAAAGAGAGGAAAUUAUUCAAAAUAAUUUUAUAAAACAAUUUAAUAUCGAAGAGUUAGAUGAAAUAUCAUCAUGGCAACCAAAGACAAUCGUAGAUUUUAAUAAAGGCAACUCAAUUAAUACUCUACCUGAAAUAUGCAAAGAAAUAGAUAACGACCUUAUCAAGCAAUGCGAAGGAGACAACUACUACCAACCCGUUAUAACCCCUACCCCUGUAUUUGAAGAAGGUGCCAAAAUGAACUAUUCUUUGAAGCCUCAUACAAAAGAUAGAGCUAAAUUUGCGUAUUACCCAAGGGAAUUUGUAGAGCCAAUUAUUACUAUUUUGACACCCUACUACAAUAUUUUACCAGAGAUUUUAGAAGAAACAACAAAGUGUGUUAUGGGCCAAUCUUUGCAAAAUUUCGAAUGGAUCAUCAUCAAUGAUUGCUCUCCUAACAAAACUUUAGCCCAAAGUACCCUAAAGAAGUUUAAGGAUUUGCAAUUGGUCGAUCCAAGAAUCAAGGUUAUCGAGUUAGAAAAGAAUAAGGGUUUACCUGGUGCUAGAAACGCUGGUAUAAAAAUUUCAAAAGGAAAAUAUAUUGUAUCUUUGGAUCCAGAUGAUUUAAUUGAAAGUACAUAUUUAGAAAAAGCAGUAUGGUUUUUAGAAACUCAUAAAGAAUUUACACUCUUUAAUGCUUGGACAAUCGGUUUUGGUCACAAACACUAUACAUGGCAAAAUGGUUAUCAUAAUGGCGAUAGAAAUUUAUUAGAAAAUCAACUCACUGUUGUUUCUGUUAUGAGGACUGAGGUUUUAAGAAAUAUUGGUGGAUUCAAUGAAUCUUUAAGAACUGGUAUGGAGGAUUGGGAUAUUUGGUUAAAAAUGGCCGAUAAUGGUCAUUGGGGUUAUACAAUGGAAGAAUAUCAUUUUUGGUACAGAGUUAGUCCUCCAGGUAAAUGGGCAGAUAUCGAUGAUCAAACAAAAUUUCAAAACUAUUUAGCAAAUGCAAAGGCAAAAUAUAAAAAUGCAUAUUCAAAAGGUGUACCAAAAAUUAAAAGACCACCACAAGAUAAAAUGGAAGCUGUAGUUGACGAAAUACCAUUUACAAAUAAUUUGAAGAAAUGUAGACCCAGAGUAUUGAUUUUAAUACCCUAUAUGGAAGUUGGUGGUGCUGAUCAGUUUAAUUAUAAUUUUGCUCAAGGUAUGGUAUUGGAUGGUUGGGAAGUUAGUAUUGCAACCACAAAACAAGCCGACAAUAAGUGGUUCCCUCAGUUUGCACGUCUUACACCGGAUAUUUUUGUUAUGCCUCGUUUCUCCAAAAUGACGGAUCAAUGUAGAUUCUUAGUUUAUUUAAUUAAAUCAAGACAGUUUGAUGUUGUUUAUCUUAGUAACUCUGAACAAGCAUAUCAUUAUCUUUCAUAUCUAAGAGCAAACGCACCUGGCCCUGCCUAUUUAGACUACACUCAUUCAGAAACACCUAAAUGGAAAGAUGGUGGAUAUGCACGUUAUAGUUUUGGCUCUGAAAAGCUUUUAGAUAGAUCCAUUUUUGCAUCCGAACAUUUACGUCAGUAUUGUAUUAAUAGAGGUCAUAAUCCAAAUAAAACGGCAACUGUUUUGAUUGGUAUAGAUAGCGAAAAAUAUGUUCCAAAACCAGAAAACAGAGCAUUAAUCCGUAAAGAAUUGGGUUUUCCAGAUAAUGUUUUGGUAAUUGUAUUUGUAGCACGUUUAGAAUCAGAGAAGCAACCUGAAGUAUUUGCAGAGGUAUUAAGAAGGGUAGAUAGAAUGGGUUAUGACUUUAGAGCAAUAUCAAUUGGUGGUGGCUUACUAUUAGAUAGCUUAAAUGAAACCAUUAUUAGAACUGGGUUAGCAGAUAAAGUUAAACUAUUAGGUAAUAUUCCAAACACCUUGGUUUCAAAAUAUGUAUCUGGGUCAGAUGUAUUCUUUUUACCAUCAAAAGUUGAAGGUAUAUCUUUGGCAAUCUAUGAAGCAAUGUCUCAGGGUGUAUGUGCAGUAAGUGCUAAAGUAGGUGGUCAAGCUGAACUUGUUACACCAGAUGUAGGUUAUCUUGUUGUACCAGGAACUCCAACAGAAGUUGAUGAAUAUACAGAAAUUAUGGCAGAUUUAGCUGCAAAUUUAACACAUGUAGCAGAAUUGGGUAAAAAAUCAUUAGAAAAGAUUUUAAAUGGGUUUAGUGUCAAGGAUACUUUAGUUCGUAUGAAAGAAGAAUUUUGCAAUGCAGCAAUUGUUACCAAAUACACAACACCAAUCUUUUCCAAUAAUAUUUUUUCAAAAUACUCUAAUGAAAUAUCAGUUUUGGGUCACGAAUAUGAACGUUCAAUUGAUGAAUUAUUACCAUUAUGGAACCAAAUGACCAAUUUACAAAAACAAUGCACACCACCACCACCAGAAGAAAAUGUAAUUAGAAAACCAUCCCCAUACCCAAUUUAUCAACCUCAAGAAGUAUAUAAAGGUCUAAACCACUCCAAACUCCGUGUAGUUACUGAUAUAUUAGUUGAAAAACAAAAGGUAGAUAAGAAAAUGAAAAUAGUAUUAAAAGAUUUCCAAGACUCAUUCAUUAGAAGGAAUCCCAAAUUUGCAAAUAAGAAUCUUAAACAUAACGAUUUCCUUCAUCAGUAUAACCAUGGUGUCGAAAAUUGGAAUGAUCAAAUACCUUACCCAAACCCACAACAAGAAUAUAUCGCAUAUAUUCCCCAUGCAUUUAUUGGUUCUGGUGAUUCUGGCACUGUUUUCGAUUGGGAGAGAAUAUUUUUGUUAAAGAAAUCAACAUACCAAAUGUUCACAUUACCAGCAGAUGAAAAGUGCCAAGUUAUCAAACAUAAAAAGCUAGUUUCUCUCUUACAACUAUACUUCUCAUUUAGUAAUUUUAUUAUUGAUCAAUUACCAAAACUAUCAACAGUUUUAGAUGAAUUACUAUUAGAUAAAGAAAUUAAAAUUUUAGUUCCAAGAGUCGAAUUUGCAAAGAUUAUUAUGGUCGAUACAUUAAAAUUCCCAGAACAUAGAAUAGUAUAUUUUAAUCCAGGACCAGGAUGGGAAGAAUGCAAAGCAUAUUAUGCAGAAACCUUGUUAUUACCAACACCAAUACCACCUGGUAAUCCUUCAAGAGAGUCAUUAUUUAAAUUAAGAGAAUUCUUCUACAAACAAAAUAAUCUAAUACUUGGCAACGAUGAUUUUAACGAUAACACCAAAAAACCAAUUAUAAUGUACUGCUCAAGAAUAAAUUCCGCAUCACCACAAAGAAAAGUACAAAAUGAAAAAGAAAUUAUCAAUACAAUUAAAAGUUUAUUACCAAAUAAUUUCGAUUUUUAUUUUUGGGAUGGUUCUGAAAAUUUAAACUCAACUCUAGUCGAAAUUACAUCAAGAACUAAAGUUAUUAUUGGUAUGACCGGUUCCAAUUUAGCACCAAUUUUAGUUGCAAAACCAAAUACAAUUGUUAUUGAAUUUAUGCACGAAAAUCCUUGGUUGGCCUAUUGGAGUGCUUCAUCAGCUUUAGAAUUAAAUCAUUGGAUGGUACCAAUCAUGGGUCAUGGACACGAAUCAAACUCUAUACCUGUACCAAUCGAAGAAUUAACUAAAACAUUAAAUUUAAUUUUUGAUGAAGAAAUAAAAAAAUAAAAUUUAAAACUUUGUGCGCAAUAAACAGAU